AUGAAUCAUUAUUUGGUUGGGUUGGGUUUUGACGAAUUACACAAGGAUUACAAAAUUAUUAGGGUAAUUUAUGUUAGGGAUGAUAAGGGUAUGCACUUUGGGGAGGUAAUUCCUUUUGUCGAGAUUUUCAGUUUGAAGGAAAAUGUUUGGAGACAGAUACCAAAUUCUAGAGUUUCAAUACUUGUCGACAAAACUGAAGUAUAUGCUAAGGGUGUAUAUUACUGGGUGGAAAUGACACCCGAAAUGCCUACCCGUAAUGUUUUUAUUAUGUUUUUCGAUUUUCAAACGAAGAUGUUUAGGGAAUUCGAAAUUCCUACUGUUGUCCCCCAUGUUCCCGAUUCCCCGUUCACCCUUAUGCGGUUCCAAGAUUCAGUUGCUGUGUGUGCUGUAGACGCAGCCGUCACUGAUUUCAACCUUUCAAUCUGUUAUCUUUUAUGGGUGAUAACACAUGAAAAUGGUGUUGUCACCGUGACUGAUCAUUUCAUGACGGUGCUCACUGAUUUCGGGAUUCCCUUGGGCAUCACGGACAAUGGAACGCUUAUCAUAGAAGCAUUUUGCCCGACUAAUGGUGGCAUGACCAGCAUUGUAUCCUUUCACCUCCAGAGCUUGGUCUAUAAAGACCAUGGAUAUGGUCAUCUCAAGGGUUUGGAUAUUUCUCAGUCUCCUUUUAUUUCGACGAGUGUUCACACUUCCUUCCCCCAUAGCUUGAUCAUGCUUCCGGGACCAACACUGCCGCUAGAUGUUACUCCCUCCUUCCCAUAUUAA